AACAAGUUCAAGAAACCUUAGAUUGGGCGGAAACGGAAAAAGAUACAUACGUAGCGCCACCUAUCGGUUCUCUGUUGCUAACAUUCCUGUAAACAUUGAUAAUCUGAAAUGAUAGGUGUUGAGGAUAAUAUUAAUAAUAUUGAUUAAUAUUUCAGAGACACAAGUUUUUAUUUACAACAGUUCUGAAAAUACACCAUAAUUAUGAGAUUAAAACAUUUUAAGAAUCUAAUGGCACCUCAGGAUGGGGCUGCAAAAAUAUGUGCUUUAGCGUGGUCACCGAAUAAUCAUAAGUUUGCAGUUUGUACAUCAGACAGAGUUAUAGUCCUUUAUGAUGAGCAUGGAGAAAAAAGAGAUAAAUUUUCUCUAAAACCAGCAGAUAAUAAGUAUGGUAAAAAGAGUUAUACUGUUAAAGGUAUAGCAUUUUCACCUGAUUCAACUAAAAUAGCUAUAGGACAAACUGAUAAUAUUAUCUUUGUUUAUAAGAUUGGUGAAGAAUGGUCAGAUAAAAAAGUUAUCUGUAACAAGUUUGUUCAACAAAGUGCUGUGACAUGUUUAAUAUGGCCACCAGAUCAACCUAUUAUUUAUGGUUUAGCAGACGGAAAGGUACGUGCUGCCAACACAAGAACAAACAAAUCAUCCACUAUUUAUGGUACUGAAUCUUAUGUUGUUUCUCUAGCUGCUAAUCCAUCAGGAAAAGGUUUCCUAUCUGGACAUGCUGAUGGUUCUAUUAUUAGAUUUUUCUUUGAUGAUGAAGGUACAGGUGAUAGUCAGGGUAAGCUGUGUACCCACCCCUGUCCACCAUACGCCCUGGUUUUCUCACAGAACUCAGUAGUUGCUGCUGGUUGCGACAAAAGAAUUAUUGCUUAUGGACGAGAUGGAAGAAGUUUUCAACAUUUUGAUUAUAGUCGUGAUGAUGAUGAGCAUGAAUUUACAGUAGCUGUUUGUAGCCCCAGUGGUCAAUCAGUUGUCUUUGGUAGCUAUGAUAGAAUUCAAGCUUUAAAUUGGAGUCCAAGGAGACAGAUGUGGGAUGAACCACAGAUUAAAGAAAUUAGUAAUAUGUAUACCAUAUCCGCUUUAUCAUGGAAGAAAGAUGGUUCCAGAAUAGCUGCUGGAACUCUAUGUGGAGGUGUUGAGUUAUUUGAUUGUUGUCUCAAGAAAACUAUCUAUAAAAAUAAAUUUGAAAUUACACAUGUUGGGCUGAGUCAGGUUAUAGUAAAGAACCUGGGUAACAAUUCUAAAGUUGUUUUAAAAUCUCACUAUGGUUACGAAAUCGAUGAUGUAAGAAUAUUAGGAAAAGAUCGCUAUCUUGUUGGUCAUACAUCAGAUACAUUAUUACUGGGAGAUCAAACCACUGGAAAACUCAGUGAGAUCCAGUGGCAGUCUGCUGGAGGCAAUGAAAAGUUUUAUUUUGAUAAUGAAAAUGUUUGUAUGAUUUUUAAUGCUGGAGAAUUAGCUUUAGUUCAGUAUGGUGAAAAUGAAAUCUUGGGAUGUGUUAGAACAGAAUUUAUGAACCCACACCUGAUAAGUGUAAGACUAAAUGAAAGAAAACAAAGAAGUGGUGGAGAAAAUAAAAAGAUGGCUUAUCUUGUUGAUUUAAAAACAAUAGCUAUAAUGGAUCUGUCGAGUGGAUUAGGUAUUGGUCAGAUAAAUCAUGAUUCAAAAAUUGACUGGCUUGAGCUCAAUGAAACCUGUAAAACGUUGCUGUUUAGAGACAAGAAAUUGAAGUUACACCUGUAUGACAUAGAGACACAACAGAAGUCAAGUAUCCUCAAUUAUUGUUCUUAUGUCCAAUGGGUUCCAGGAAGUGAUGUUGUUGUAGCACAGAAUAGAGGUAAUUUAUGUGUUUGGUAUAAUAUUGAUGCUCCUGAAAGAGUAACCAUGUUCCCACUCAAGGGAGAUAUUGUUGAUUUAGAAAGAAAUGAAGGAAAGACAGAAGUGAUAGUAAAAGAGGGUGUACAGACUAUAACUUAUACAUUAGAUGAAGGACUUAUAGAAUUUGGUACAGCUAUUGAUGAUGGUGAUUACUCAAGAGCUGUAGCUUUCCUUGAAUCAUUAGAAUUGUCAUCUGAAACAGAAGCAAUGUGGAAAACAUUAAGUAAAUUAGCUUUAGAAGAAAGACAACUUCAUAUUGCAGAGAGAUGUUAUUCAGCACUAGGAGAUAUUGCUAAAGCCAGAUUUUUAAAAGAUACCUUGACAAUAGCUGAAGAAGCUGCCAAACAUACGGGAGGUAAUGGAUAUAAUCAUUAUAAAGUACGUGCUAGAUUAGCCAUCAUGGAAAAACGUUUUAAAGAGGCAGAAGGCAUAUAUCUAGAGCAGAAUCAUGUUGAUGAAGCUAUGGAAAUGUAUCAAGAAUUACACAUGUGGGAUGAAGCCAUUCAAGUAGCUGAAGCUAAGAGUCAUCCUGAACUUGAAACGUUAAAACGUAAUUAUAAUCAAUGGUUGAUGGAAACUGGACAAGAAGAAGCGGCUGGUGAUGUAAUGCUACAAUGA